AUGGAGACGGCUUUGUUGGGUGGCGGAGAAGGCGGCAGUGGCGGCCAAAGAAGGGAUCGUAGGCAUCAGUUUAACAGAAAAGAUGCCAUUGCUUAUGGAUCAACAUACCAAAAGGCCGCUGCUUUGGUUGAUCUCGCUGAAGAUGGCAUUGGUAUUCCUGAGGAAAUUCUUGAUAACUCGAGCUUUGAGAGUUCUUUGAAGUCCUACUUCAUAUUUAUUCGAUUUGACUUUCUCUGGUCUCUUAACUACUUUGCAUUAAUUGUUUUAAAUUUCUUUGAGAAACCUCUAUGGUGUUCUGGGUAUUGCAAUAAUAGGGGUUACUACUUUCUGGGGCAGCUGCCAUACUUGACUGGUACUGAGAGUCUUGUUUAUGAGGGUGUUACACUCUUGAUCCUAAUUUUACAUACUCUAUUUCCAAUAUUAUAUGAAGGGGUUGGUUUCUUCUGGAGAAAACUUCUUAACAAAGUUAAGGUACUUCUGUUGUUACUAUUGGUUGCUGAUCUAUUAGUCUAUAUUAUCUAUCUGUCCCCGGUGGCAUUCUAUACUCUUCCAUUUAGGAUUGCACCCUAUUUACGGGUUGCAUUUUUCAUCCUGAACAUCAGGGAUUUACGAGAUAGCAUCGUCAUCCUUGUUGGAAUGCUCGGCACGUACCUUAAUAUCCUGGCUCUAUGGGCUUUAUUUCUCCUAUUCUCUAGUUGGUUGGCAUUUGUCAUCUUUGAAGAUACGCAACAGGGGAAGACUAUAUUCACUUCAUAUGGCACCACAUUAUACCAAAUGUUUGUUUUAUUUACGACUUCCAAUAACCCAGAUGUCUGGAUUCCUGCAUACAAGGCCUCAAGGUGGUAUUGCCUAUUUUUUGUUCUCUAUGUGCUGUUGGGAGUUUACUUUGUCACCAAUUUGAUUCUUGCCGUUGUAUAUGAUAGCUUUAAAAGUGAGCUUGUAAAACAAGUCGAUGAGAAGGAUCGUACAAGGAUGAGAAUACUGAAGAAAGCAUUUAACCUAAUGGAUAAUUAUAAUCUUAAUUAUCUCAACAAGGAUCAGUGCAUUCAUCUGUUUGAAGAACUGGACAAAUACAGGACAUUACCAAAGAUAUCCAGAGAUGAUUUUGAAUUAAUAUUUCAUGAGUUGGAUGACAGUCACGACUUCAAGAUUAAUUUGGAUGAAUUUGCUGACCUUUGCAAUGCCAUUGCACUAAGGUUUCAAAAGGAGGAUUCAGUACCUGUUUUUGAAAGCCUUCCAUUUUACCAUUCACCAGCAUCUAAAAGGCUAAAAGACUUUGUCCGAAGUCCGAAAUUUGGAUACAUAAUAGUGUGCAUCCUUGUCCUGAAUUUUGUUGCAGUCAUUAUUGAAACAACGCUUGAUAUACAGAAUAAUUCUGCUCAAGAGGCUUGGCAGAAGGUGGAAUUUGUGUUUGGAUGGCUAUAUGUAGUGGAGAUGGCUUUAAAGGUCUAUGCUUAUGGAUUUGAGAACUAUUGGAGAGAUGGUCAAAAUCGCUUUGACUUUAUAAUCACCUGGAUAAUAGUUAUUGGAGAAACAGCAACUUUCGUGUCUCCGCAUGGCCUGACUUUUCUUUCCAAUGGUGAAUGGAUUCGGUAUCUUCUUAUAGCAAGAAUGUUAAGAUUGAUUAGGCUAUUGUUGCAUGUUCAGCGUUACCGGGCCUUUGUUGCAACAUUUUUUACUCUAAUACCAAGUCUAAUGCCAUAUCUGGGGAUCAUAUUCUGUGUCAUGUGCAUUUAUUGCUCUCUUGGUGUACAGAUCUUUGGGGGGAUUGUCAAUACUGGAAAUCCAAAUCUUGAAGGCACCGAUCUCAAUGAUAACGACUACUUACUCUUCAAUUUCAAUGACUACCCAAAUGGGAUGGUAACACUUUUCAAUCUACUAGUAAUGGGGAACUGGCAAGUGUGGAUGCAGAGCUACAAGGAUUUGACUGGAACUGCAUGGUCUUAUGCAUAUUUCAUCAGCUUCUAUCUUAUUACGAUCGUACUACUACUGAAUUUGGUUGUGGCUUUUGUAUUGGAGGCUUUUUUUGCUGAAAUGGAUCUUGAAACUUCUGAGAAAUGUGAAGAUGCGAUUGGCAAGGAUGAAAGUCAAAAGGAGCAACGACGACGUAACGUGGGCACGAAGACGAGGAGUCAGAGAAGUGCUCCUCCCCCUAAACUUGGUUCCUCCAACAAGAAAAGGAGAAAAAUUAAGCAUUCUGGAGAUGAUUUAGCAGUUUCAGAGAUUUCCAUCGUUGUUGCUUUUGCAUUACAGAAGUUGGUUCCACUACAUUUUCUGGACUAA